CCUAGGAGGGAGGGCUCGCGAUAGUUCAGGGAGGCCGCCUCGAGAUUCCAGCGAGGCCGCAGGUCCCACCUCCCGGGGGCGGGGAAAAGGGCGGAGCCGGGAGAAGGGAGCGGACGGGCGCCCGGGCGGCUGCGGUGCGUGUGGAGGCUGAGCCGGCCGCGGGUGCGACCGGAGGCAGUUUCCGUUGCUAUGGCAAUGACGGCAGGGACUACAACAACCUUUCCUAUGAGCAACCAUACCCGGGAAAGAGUGACUGUAGCCAAGCUCACAUUGGAGAAUUUUUAUAGCAACCUAAUUUUACAGCAUGAAGAGAGAGAAACCAGGCAGAAGAAGUUAGAAGUGGCCAUGGAAGAAGAAGGAUUAGCAGAUGAAGAGAAAAAGUUACGUCGAUCACAACACGCUCGCAAAGAAACAGAGUUCUUACGGCUCAAAAGGACCAGACUUGGCUUGGAUGACUUUGAGUCUCUGAAAGUUAUAGGAAGAGGAGCUUUUGGAGAGGUGCGGUUGGUCCAGAAGAAAGAUACAGGCCAUAUCUAUGCAAUGAAGAUAUUGAGAAAGGCUGAUAUGCUUGAAAAAGAGCAGGUGGCCCAUAUUCGAGCAGAAAGAGAUAUUUUGGUAGAAGCAGAUGGUGCCUGGGUGGUGAAGAUGUUUUACAGUUUUCAAGAUAAGAGGAAUCUUUAUCUAAUCAUGGAAUUUCUCCCUGGAGGUGACAUGAUGACAUUGCUAAUGAAGAAAGACACCUUGACAGAAGAGGAAACACAGUUCUACAUUUCAGAGACUGUUCUGGCAAUAGAUGCGAUCCACCAGUUGGGUUUCAUCCAUCGGGAUAUUAAGCCAGACAACCUUUUAUUGGAUGCCAAGGGUCAUGUAAAAUUAUCUGAUUUUGGUUUAUGCACUGGAUUAAAGAAAGCUCACCGGACUGAAUUUUAUAGAAAUCUCACACACAACCCACCAAGUGACUUCUCAUUUCAAAACAUGAACUCAAAGAGGAAAGCAGAAACUUGGAAGAAGAACAGAAGACAACUGGCAUAUUCCACAGUUGGGACACCAGAUUACAUUGCUCCAGAAGUAUUCAUGCAGACUGGUUACAACAAAUUGUGUGACUGGUGGUCUUUGGGAGUGAUUAUGUAUGAAAUGCUAAUAGGAUAUCCACCUUUCUGCUCUGAAACACCUCAAGAAACGUAUAGAAAAGUGAUGAACUGGAAAGAAACUCUGGUAUUUCCUCCAGAGGUACCUAUAUCUGAGAAAGCCAAGGACUUAAUUCUCAGAUUUUGUAUUGAUUCUGAAAACAGAAUUGGAAAUAGUGGAGUAGAAGAAAUAAAAGGUCAUCCAUUUUUUGAAGGUGUGGACUGGGAGCACAUAAGGGAAAGGCCAGCAGCAAUCCCUAUAGAGAUCAAAAGCAUUGAUGAUACUUCAAAUUUUGAUGACUUCCCUGAAUCUGAUAUUUUACAACCAGUGCCAAAUACCACAGAACCGGACUACAAAUCCAAAGACUGGGUUUUUCUCAAUUAUACCUAUAAAAGGUUUGAAGGGUUGACUCAACGUGGCUCCAUCCCCACCUACAUGAAAGCUGGGAAAUUAUGAAUGAAGAUAACAUUUGCCCAUAACCAAGAGAACUCAGGUAGCUGCAUCACCAGGCUUGCUCGGCGUAGAUAACAAUACACUGAAAUACUCCUGAAGACGGUGGUGCUUAUUGACUACAAGAGGAAAUUCUACAGGAUUAGGAUUUCUAAGACUACUAUAGGAAUUGGUUGGCAGUGCCAGCUGGCUCUUUUUUUUUUUAAAAUAUUUUAUUAUUUUUGUUAACUUUAUUAUACGAAGGUACUGGAAUAAAAGGAAUGGACAUCCCUUUCUAACUGCACUGCCUACAUGCGUAUUAAGGUCCAUUCUGCCUGUGUGUGCUGUGGCUUUGAACUGUAACACCUCUAAUCAAUUCAGGAGAAACAUAUCAUUUAAAGCAACAUAGGCUAACCUGUAGGUAACUGCAGUAUUGAUGUUUUACUGCAAUUCUAUGGGUCUAGAUAAUCAGUAAAAGCCAUCUUCCAUAGUUGGUGUUAGAACAUUGCCCUAUUGGUUUGGACAUCUGUAGAAUAUAUAUGAAGACAUUUUUUGUAAUGGUUUCAAGAAAUUUAAAAAGAAAUUCACUGGUUCUCUAAAAAAUAGAAUUUAUCAUCAAGUUAUUACACAAACUCCACAGUAGGGAGCGACAAGUUUAUAAUAAGAAAGAGGAAGUUUAACACCUUCACUCAAGCACUCCACUAAUAUAUUUAUGUUGCAUUCAGAAAUACUGAUGACCUUUAUAUAUGUAGUCUGUAUACUCAUAGGGAGACGUACUGUAUUAUAUAACAUGUAAAGUUGAUUUUCUUGUGACAAGAGGACUUCUUUUUUAACAAGAGGACAUGGCAUUAUUUUAAUUUGAUUAUGGUGAGUUGAAUUUAAGAAAUGACCAUGAAGGCUGCUUGUAGAAUUAGUGUAUUUUUAUUAAACUAUUUUUUUAAAUGUCAAACUUCUAUUAUGUAAAUGGACUUGUAGAGAACAAAAAGCUAUUUACUUUGGUUUUCUAGAAAAUUGUUAAAUAUCAUAGCUAGUUAACUUUUAUUUCUUUUGAUGAAAAUGUUUCCUUUGAUAGUACUUGUAUUAUUGUGCCAUUAUUUUCGUAUGCUCCAAAUGUACCAAAGAUCUUCAACAGUGGAUGCUCACAACUAGUAGAAUUUUCUUUUCCUGUGGGAAUGCUGUAUGCAGACCUGACAGAUCUUUGAUAGAGGUCAGUUUAUUUAAGGGCAAUAUUGUUCAUGUUUAGCUAUAUCACUGUGGUGAAUAUAGAUGGAAUUAAGGAAGUAAAUGCAGGCCAGGGGGUUGUGAUGAGAGGACAGGGGAGAUAAUGUCAGCAUCAAAUUCUUUGGGUAUCGCCCUAAGAAUUAAAUAAUCUUUUCUAGGUUUUUAAUUCUAAUUCAAACAACUCUGAGGUUUUGGUUUCAUUAGUACUAGUUAAGGAAUAAUAUGCUAGCAAAGAAUGGCCCAAUGUUUGUCUUAACUGUUAAUGGAUGGAAUUUUAAAACUAUACAACAAUGAUAACCAUUAUAAAUGAUUUAUGAUCAAAAUCUAAAGUGAUGAUUUGUUUGUAGGAAUGUCUUCCUAAUGGGGAAGAGUUGCUUAGGAGCAUUAUGCAAAUCUACAAAAACUUUUAUAAAUGUUGCUGAUAGGUAGCUCCACAGUGUUUUCAUAAGGCCAUCCUGUUUCCUCCCACUUCCCUAUUUUUUUGUUUCUUUUAAAAAUAUUUGUUGAGUACUUAGGUGUUUAUCUAACAGUUCAUUUCCAUUUUUCUAGUCGGAAUUUUUUGAGUAUUUAGGAGAGAGCUAUUAAAACCCCUGGGGAUACCUCAAGUUGACCAACUCUAAUUUUUCUAAUUAUAACUGCCCUUAAUUAAAAUAAUAUUAACUUUUGCUAAAGUUUAUGAGAUUUCCUUACCCCACAUUGCUCCCCCCCUUUAUUUAUUCAUUUUUUUUAAAAGGACUGUUUUGCUAGUGUGAUAAUGAAUAGGUAAGAUACGAGGUAAUUGCAACAUUCUCUAGUUCUAGUGUGGUUAACCAUUCUUGAAAUGGUAUUGAAAAAUGCCAUUAAUUCAAACUGACAGAGAUUGAUAAAAAGAAACUAAUUUACCUAAGUUUACUUUUUAAUUGCAUAAGAAUAGAGCAUUUUUUUGUUUUGAGUUCCCUCAUUCUUAUUACCAGAAAAAGCUUGCAAAUUGGCACUGGAAGGAUAGUUCUGUCUGGAAAGCUACUUUGUUGAGAGUCUCAUUCUUCCCUGGAGUUAACAGAGUGAUUCACAAUCUUUAAGGUUUUCUCCUCAUCAAAAGCAUUUCUUAAGUGCCUAUCUAAAAGCAAUUAAAGACUGUGUCUGCCCUUUGGAAGCUAAGAAUUUGAUUCGUGAUGCAAAUUAACCAGAUAAUUUGCAAAGUACCCUUGAGAUUGAAUUUUCUUUAUUAUACAUUUCCCAUAUUUCAGGUGAAUAAUUUAAUUUAAGUGAUAAAACCCUAUCUAAUCAACUGGGCAUAAUGACAUUUUCUUUAAAUUAGACUCUAUUUUGAAUUUAAAAAGUUUUAUUAUAAACUGUGUUUUUGGUUUUUCUAAGUAUAUAGAAAGCUUGUAUAAUUCAGAUUUAUCAAUUUCCUGAUUUAAUGUAGACUUUGACUUUUUUAUUAAAAACCUUUGUAUUAAAGCAA